AUGUUCAGCAGCAUUCUGCGCAGGCUACAGGGCGGGAACCUGGAGGUUUUCAAGUUCGGCCUCUAUAUUGGGUUCCCCAUAGGAUGGAUGUACUACUUUGGCACGAACCUGGAGGAACGCUUCAGUGUCCCCGACUUCUGGCCGACUACGGCACACUCCCAUAAAAUACCUGCCGACAAGGGCGAGAUAGACAAGGAACUAGCCCGGAUGAAUGAGCAGAGAGCAAAGCGAUUGCUUGAAAAGCAGAGAAUCCAAAAGGAAUUCGAAAAUAUUGCUGCAACUUCGAAUUCGACAACCGAAUAA